GGAGGCAUGUGGACUCUGAGUAUGUACAUCUGUGACGCCCUAAUGACUAUGGAUGUGAUGCUCUGCACUGCUUCCAUUUUAAAUCUAUGUGCAAUUAGUGUGGACAGGUACAUUGCAGUAGUGGUCCCUCUGAAGUACAACAGGAACCAAUUUAGUGCUCGUCAGCUAGUCUUGAUCACAGCCACCUGGGUGCUUUCCCUGGGCGUAGCCAGUCCUGUCAUAUUCGGCUUGAACCAGGUUCCAAACAGGAACCCUCAUGUGUGUAAGCUGGAGGACAACCAGUUUGUGGUCUACUCCUCCAUCUGCUCCUUCUUCGUCCCCUGCCCUGUCAUGCUCCUCCUGUACUACUGGAUAUUCAGGGGACUAAAGCGAUGGAGCUCUGGCUAUAGCCGGUCACACCUCCACCGGCCACCCAGAGGGCGUAGGAGCCUGUCUUUGCGACUAGGAGCAGCUUUACAGAAGGAGAAGGGACGGGCAAGGGAGAAAGUAGUGUACCUCAUGCCUGCAGGUCUUAGUCCGACAUCUCUCACCGCUUCCCCGACUACUCCAAUCUCCCCAGCCAGCCCGGUUACCCUUAUCACAGACGAGCAUGCAGAAGGUCAGACGCCGGCAGCAGAGAGUGACCCCAUGACCACCCAGAUGGACAGUGUAUCGGACGCAGAGAACCCUAAGUGGGCCACUGAGGAUGAGAGCGGCCGGGAGAACGGUGUGGGGAAGAACCAUCAGCCUCAUGCGGGACGACGCCACAGCAAGGGCAACAGGGUGAGCAGACGGGAGCGGAAGGCGAUGAGGGUGCUGCCUGUGGUUGUGGGUGUGUUUCUGGCCUGCUGGACUCCUUUCUUCGUGGUCCAUGUGACUAAGGCGCUGUGUGAGUCAUGUGACAUCGGGCCGAUGUUGAUCAGUGUGGUCACGUGGCUUGGUUAUGUGAACAGCGCCGUCAACCCUAUCAUCUACACUGCCUUCAAUGUGGAGUUCAGGAACGUCUUUCACAAACUGCUCUGCUGUCGCUCAUGAGGCCAAAUGCUCUUUUUAGCACAAGUCUAAAUUCAUGAUGAAUCAUCAAAUAAUUCAAACAAUAAUGAUCAAAAAAAAACACCUGCAAGAUCUGAGCAUACAAUGGUCUCCAAGCGCAAGAAUGCUUAAGGAAAUGAAACUUUACAAAACAAUGGAUUACUGAAAGGAAUGAAUGGACAUUAACAGCG